GAAAAAUGCGAUUCGUUUACUUUCUGUUCGUCAGCUAAAGAAGAGAAACUCAACUGUCCAACUGAUGAAACUACAUUAGGUCAGCAUUUAUGCCAUGAUUUUACAGACUGUCAUCGAUAUUUUACUUGCUGUCAGUCUUCAGCCAGCUCAAAGAAGAUCUGUUUGCCAAGAAUGGACUUCCAGAUCAACUGGACAGCUUUGGAAAAACAGAAGAAUCAAAUGGCUUCGGUAGGAAGAAUAAGCAAAUGUCAUGGUGCACAAUCAAAUCUUUACUGGAUAGCUCCAAAAGCAUCCAGUUAUGAAAGUGAAACUGAAGAUCAUUUUGAUGAGAAAGAACCAAAAGAUGUAGACAAGAUGAUCAAGUUGGCAGAACAGUCGAUGGAAGCACAUGGAGGUAGUAUAACUGGCAAGUCCAACAAUGUCCAGAUAAAUUUGAAACCAGUAAUGGCUGCCCAGAAGCAGUUUACCAAAGGUUACAGGAGGCUAAUAGACAGAAGAUAA